UCCCAUCCCUGCGUCGGAAUUAUGUCUUCUAAUUCCCUGAUCGCGAGUCUUACUCCUCUUCUCUGCAAGUCUAAGUUGUCGAUCAUUGAUGAAAGGACUAUCGAUACCAAGAAUUCCUUCCCCUCCCCCGCAAACUUUCCCAGUCGUGUCAUCUCCUGCUCAUUGUCUCCAUAUCCUUCGAUGACUCUCCCUAAGUCGUGCUCUGUCCGAUAUUCGGUUUCUUCACUAGGACAGAAUAAUAAGGUAGAUUCCAACUAUGGCGAUGAGGAUGAGGAUGAGGACAAGGAAAAACAGAACAAGUCCUCCUAUACGAAGAACAUUAACGUUCGUUCACUGGUAGAUACAGUUGUCAAGGUGUUUUGCGUCAGAGCAUUUCAAAGUUACACUUACCCAUGGUUAAUGGAAGAAGAAGAGAGCUUCAGGAGUGGAUUCAUUAUAAGCGGGAGAAGAGUGCUAACUAGUGCUAGAGCUAUUAAUCUGCACAUGGAAGUGAAGCUCAAGAAAAAAAAUAGUGAUACGUGGUUUACGGCUUCGGUGCUUGCUUUAGCAUAUGAGAGUGAUCUUGCAAUGCUGACAGUCAAUGAUGACAAGUUCUGGGAAGGAGUUAAGCCAGUGGAUUUUGGAGACCUGCCAGCACCCAAAGAAAAUAUAACUGUUAUUGGUUAUCCACACAUGAGAGAUUUUGUAUCUGUGACGGAGGGUCGUGUGUCACAAUUGGGCAUGACACGUUAUGAGUCUUGGGAAGCCAGUCUUUUGGCUUUUAAGGUCAAGGUUGCUGGGGACGAAGGGAAAGUUGGUGGACCUGUUUUCAAUACAAGAGGCGAAUGCGUGGGAUUGAUACUUCAAUGGAUAGACAACGUAACCACUGUUGUACCUACAGAGGUUAUUAAGCACUUCAUUCAAGACUGUGACAAGAAUGGAGCACACACCGCACUCCCAAUACUCGCCAUCAAGUGGCAGAAGAUGGAAAGUUUUAGUUUGCGAGUGUUCAUGAAGAUGGAACCUGAUCAACAAGGUGUUCUUAUAACAGAAGUCAACCCCAAUUAUCCAGAAUGCCUCGACGAAAGGUACCACAACUGGAAGAUUCCAGAUGAAGACGAGGUUUUGUCCGAGGCUUUUUAUGAAGAGCGUGUUGUGCUUUGUAAGGUGACCUUCCUUUCAUUUCAUGAUCUUUCUCGUGUGCUUAAAGGUGACAUUACUACUGGAUACGAGGCGGAGGAGGAGGUGCAAAAUCAGGUUAUCGUCGCUUUUAAUGAUAGGCCUGUUAAGGGGCUAAAGAGCUUGGUUAGUAUGGUGGAAAGUUGCGGUGAAGAAUUCUUGAAGUUCACUCUUGAAAACCACAAGCACAAUCUUUUCGUCAAUGAGCACAAUUUGCCUAGUCAUAAGUUGCAGAGUCAUCCCAAAGGAAAAUCCCAAAUAAAGCAAAGAGCGGUUUUGAGCGGCUUUAAGGACGCAAGGAUCAUUUUAAACAUGCCAACCAAAAACUGGAAGGCAGGUUAUACACACGGUAUGCAUUAUAAUGGUGAUGAAAGUCGCAUCAAUUUCAAUGAAAGCUGCAGAAUCAUCAUCACAAGCAUUCUGGUCACCGUUACCAUCACAAUCCCUUCACCUCCACGUCGAAGGCUGAUCGAUCAUACCCAGAUUCUAACGACAAUGGAGGAAGAUGACAACAAUCUCCGCACUUUACUUGCAUAG